UACAAACAUGGCUGACCCCCUCAGCAAACAGACAAUAGGGGCAAUUGUAAUACCCCACGUGGGUAACUUGCGGAAUGAUAUAAUUGAGGAAGUGCAUAGCACCAAGUACGGGGGACACCUGGGUAUCAAGAAAACCUGGUGGGCCUUAAGUGAUGUGUACUGGUGGCUUGGAUUGGGGACUGAGGUCCAACAAUUCGUAUCGCGUUGUGAUGCAUGCGCAGGCAACAAGUCAGACACGAAAAAGCCUGGUGGUUUGCUUCAACCACUGGAGAUUCCAGACGAACCUUCGGAGAGUGUCUCACUGGAUUUCAUCACAUACCUCCCAAACACACGCGACGGUCAUACUGCGAUCUUGGUCUUUGUGGAUCGAUUGACCAAAAUGGUGCACUUCGUUACUACUACAACAGACGUAUCUGCGGAAGAUACGGCCAAGUUGUUUGUAGCACACGUGUUUCGCUUACAUGGGUUACCGCGUGUGCUGGUGUCCGAUCGAGAUCUGCGCUUUACAAGCCGGUUCUGGUACGAAGUUACACAGACACUCGGAACGAAGUUAAAGAUGUCGUCAGCCUUCCAUCCCCAAACAGAUGGGCAGAUAGAGCGGACGAAUCGUACUCUUGAGCAGAUGCUUCGUUCCUUCAUUGGCCCAACUUAGGAUGAUUGGGAUGACUUGUUACCUGUGGU